GUCAAUGGACGACAAGCUUUCGCUUUCACGCGCUAGUUAUGAUUACAUGUCAAACCUCACUAUCUAUACGGUCUUUAAACCGUAUGCUCGGGAUUUCUAGUAAAUUAAUUCUCUAUUUAUUCAGCGGAACCGCGCACAAACCGUUCAGGAGCAUAGAUAUGUAUAGGUAGAUGCCACAUUGACGCGUCAGCUAUUUUGGAACGGUCGGUAUGUCGUCACUCAUAUCAAAGAUCAAUGAGUUUCAAAGAUGCUACAAUGUUGCGCAGCCUCUGGACGUAAACACCGAUGAAAUGUAAAUUCCUGAAGAAACUAGAUAAGCUUUCACAGUGUUACAGACACACAGGCCACUUGCUCUCAAGUGUUCACGGACCGGCUUUGACCAUUCCAAUAUGGCGGAAGGCUUACAGCCGCUAAAGGUGAUGAUACACGGGGCAGCUUUUUGAGCAAUGUUGCAACCAGGAGAACGGCGAUGGAGGAUCGCGCACCGCCGGUGUUCGCGUUCGGGAUCAUCGCGGACAUACAGUACGCAGAUAUCGAGGACGGUUUAAAUUAUCUGAGAACACGCAAACGCUUCUACAGGAACAGCCUCCAGCUGCUGCGCAACGCGACGCGCCGCUGGGAAGAGCAGCGCGUCAGGUGCGUCCUUCAGCUGGGUGACAUUAUUGAUGGGUUUAAUAAAAGCAGCAGCGCUUCGGAACAGGCUCUACACACCGUUAUCGGGGAGUUUGACAAGAGCUCGGCGGAUGUGCAUCACGUGUGGGGCAAUCACGAGUUUUACAACUUCUGCAGGGAAACGCUACUCGCUUCCCCGCUCAACAGCGCGGCGAAAGCCGAAAGUGGAAGUGACCUACUAGCGAAUGACAUUUACGCGUACGAGUUCAGCCCCGGCCCCGGGUUUCGGUUCGUGCUGCUGGACGCGUAUGACAUCAGCAUGAUCGGGAGAGACGAGAGCAGCGAGAAACACAAGCGAUCACUGAAACUCCUGCAGGAACACAACAGCAAUCCUGAUCUCAAUCAGCCACCAGUAUUUGAUGGCUUGGAACAAAGGUUUGUGAAAUUUAAUGGAGGAUUCAGCCAAGAGCAGCUGCUGUGGCUCGAUGAAGUCUUAACUCUUGCUGACCAGAAACAGGAGAGAGUAACUGUCUUUAGUCAUCUUCCCGUUCACCCGUACGCCACAGACCCCAUCUGUCUGGCGUGGAACUACGACGCCUUGCAGUCCGUGCUGCGCUCUCAUAAGAGCGUGGUUUGCUUCAUGGCGGGACACGAUCAUGAUGGAGGAUAUUACAUGGAUGAGUCUGGUGUUCACCACAUCACGCUGGAGGGGGUGAUUGAAACGCGUCCAGACAGCAAUGCCUUCGGGACGGUUUAUGUCUAUGAGGACCAGAUGGUUCUAAAGGGCAACGGAAGGAUAUCAGACAUGGUUCUCAAGUAUCCAUGAGUGGAAAGCAUUUAUGAACUGACAGGAGAGAAGAUUAUUGUCAAUGAAUGAUGGAAUGGAAAAUAAUAAACAAACACCCUUCCAUAUGAUCCUCUCAAUUUCUGCUUACAUUUAGUGUUAAAUCAGAUUUUUAUAAACCCUAAGAUAUGUUCAUGUAUAGCCUAUAAGUAACACUAUUACCAACAAAAUGAACAAUUCAAAUGAACAACAACAAACCCUUAAUAAGGUUAAGUCAUCACUGACAAGAUGGGAUUUUAAUGAAAGUUGGCUACCUACGCAAAACCGGGCCAUAGCGAAGUAAAAAAAAAAAAAAA